GAAAUCUGUUUUUCUGGGAUUGGGGGAAGAACUGUCGCUAAACUUCGUUCCUUUGAUUUAGGGCGCGUCAGAGCCUUUCAGCCUCAUGUAGUUAUUUUAGAGAUAGGUUCUAAUGACCUUUGUGAGGCCGGGAAACGCCCAGAAACUAUUGGCUCAAACAUCGAGGACUUUGUCCGCAUGUUACACGGUCAGUUUAAUGUGAAGUUUGUGGUAGUUUGCCAAAUUCUUAAUAGAGCGACAGCCCCUUCGCAACAUCCCGACUUCAAUUUGGGUGUUCAGGUCUUGAACAAUUACCUUAAAGUUGUCUUGGAGCCCCUGUCUUACGCCGAGUUUUGGAACCACAAAGGCCUCCGAAGACCAAGCAUCCCCAUGUUACUGCGGGAUGGCGUUCAUUUAAACGACCGGGGCAAUUAUGCUUUAUAUCGUAGUUACAGAGGGGCGAUUUUGUUUGCAUUAAAGAAACUGUUUUCCCCAGCUCAGAGGGCCUGA